CGCCCGCGCGCCAUGACCGCGUCGACAGCUUCGGAGCUUGUUCCCGCGAGUGCCGCCGCCCAUCUGCGGAUUUUGUGGAGGAGCUGCGGGGAAAGGCGGCUCUGAAUCCAAAGCUUCGUGCUCCGUGCUUUUCGGGGAACCUCUAUCGAACAGGCGGUCUGCUGCUGUUGGAAAUUCCUUUGCUUCUUUUUGGGGCCUUCCUGGAGGAUCUUCCUUCAUGGGUUGCGCACAUGGAAAGUGCGGUGGGCGCCGCCCCCAAUCUUCGGACUGUGAUUCUGGGGAGUUUCAAGAGGCGGGUCAAUUCGGUGUCCAUGGGAAGCACGUACUCACCCAGAGGUCGAUAGAGCGCGCGCCCGUUCCUUCCCACAACUUUCGUUUGGAGUACUCUGUUCUGACGCAGCGUGGUUACUACCCCGAUUCCCCUGACAAGGAAAACCAAGAUAGCUUUUGCAUUCGGACCCAGCUUCAAGGUAACCCGAAUCUCCAUUUCUUUGGUGUGUUUGAUGGGCAUGGUCAAUUUGGUGCCCAGUGUUCCAAUUUCGUUCGAGAGAGAUUGGUGGAUAUCUUAGCAAAUGACCCUGGGCUGUUGGAUGAUCCCGUUAACGCCUACAGUUCGGCGUUUGUAAGGACAAAUCAGGAGCUGCAUGAUAGUGAGAUAGACGACAUGAUGAGUGGUACUACCGCUAUUACAGUCCUUGUUGUUGGGGAUAAGCUUCUUAUUGCAAAUGUGGGUGAUUCAAGGGCAGUUAUCGCACUUAAAGUUGGUAACAGAAUUUUAGCUGAGAAAUUGUCCUCUGAUCAAACCCCCUUUAGGCGAGAUGAGUGUGAGAGAGUGAAGCGCUGUGGAGCUAGGGUUCUGAGCGUAGAUCAGGUGGAAGGGCUAAAGGAUCCGGAUAUACAGACAUGGGGUGAUGAAGAGAGUGAAGGCAGUGAUCCUCCGAGGCUGUGGGUUCAGAAUGGAAUGUAUCCUGGCACAGCAUUCACGAGGAGUAUAGGAGACGGUACAGCUGAGAGAAUUGGUGUGAUUGCCGAUCCUGAAGUGUCCAUGGUUCAGCUCACACCUGAUCAUUUGUUCUUUGUUGUUGCAAGUGAUGGAGUUUUCGAGUUUCUCCCUAACCAGGCGGUUGUCAAUAUGGUGGCAAGUUAUCCUGAUCCUAGAGAUGCAUGUGCUGCCAUUGCUGGAGAAUCAUAUAAACUAUGGUUGGAUAAUGAAAACCGAACAGAUGAUAUAACAAUUAUUAUUGUACAUCUUAAAGACUUGUGUAAUGCAGGUGCCUAUGCUGCAAGGACAGCAUCCUUAAGAACGGGAAGAGGAAGCUCCAACUCAUCCUUUACGACCGCAUCAGAAAUGUAUAGAUCGAUGAGGAGUGAGAUUUCUGAUUUUGAGACUUACCAGCGCACCAUUUCUAACAACCGAAGUCCAGCAAUCGUUAUUCCAUCUCCGUCACGUUCACCACAGUCGUAGCUUUGAUAAAAGGACAUCCUUCAAGCUGCCUAAUAUCAUGAGAUAGAAAGACAUGGUAAAUAUUUUAUCUCAGCUUCGAUGAUGAACAAGUGGCAUUCGACACUUCAAAAGGGCCUUGACGUUUACAUGUCAAUGGCAUCUCGUUUGACCAUUCGCGUGUGUUUGGUUGUAGGAGACAUGCGAAUUGUUAACCAACUGAUGGCUCAAAAAGAUUUGACUGCAUGUAGAAACUUCAUUUGGUAGUGGUUGAAAGGCCAAGGCUAUGUCUGACUUUGACAAUAAAUCCGUUGCUAAUUGUGAAGAACAUGCCAUCUGCAAAAACAGAGCACCGGACCAACAGCCGCAGCUUUGCUCCUGCAUGGCUGCAUAUCCAAAAAAUGAUGAGGUAGUUGAGAAAUAAGAACUGGAGUCUGAUUUUAGUUAGCUUGUGACGAAAUUGGGCUGUGAAUUGUAAGGUGAUGGCGGUGAGAAAUUUUGUGUGUGGCAGCAGUGCAGUCGAAAGGUCUCCGACCUUACUGUGGCCAGAGUUUCCCACGUACAGAACGGUUGGCAAUAGGUUUAACAUGAAGUUUUGCACGGAUAAGAGAUAGGAUGAGAACUGAGAAUGCACUGUCCCGUUGCUGAGAGACUAACCGCCUGUUCAUAAUUAAUCUGCCUUUCUUCCUUUGUCAAAGCUUGAAACUUUUCCUUUGGAUGAGAACUGAGAAUACACUGUCAGUCCAUCUGGUUGGCUGUUGACGGGAAAA